AUGGCUAUGCCGGUUGCUCCUCAACACCAAAACACCGAGUUUCAAAAUCCGCCUCCCCACUACUUCAUGGUGUACACAGACCACAAUGGACAAGUGCACUACGAUACCUCGGCUUCAUUUGCAGGUUGCGAGGGGGCCGUUUUCACGCCAGAUGUGACCAAUAGAUUCAUGGAACUGACUGGCCAAAGUGGUUCCCAAUUCUCAAGCCCUCCCACUCUAGAAAGCCACCCUUCUUGGGGUGCACAAUCCUCAUCCUGGGGCCAUCCUGCCCAGAGACGAGCCGACAUGAUUCCAUGCGAAAUGACAACAAGCCAAAGUCGAAAGAAAACGAAACGAGCCGGAGGCAUCAUGAAACCUCGACCUAAGUCUACCUCUCCUCCACCAACCACGCCGCCACCUGGACGGACCGUUCUCCGAGUUGGAAAUCGGGCGCAGCUACGAGGGUACUAUGAGAAAGCCUUUGAGCAUUUCCAACAGCUCAAUUGCCGCGCCAUUGCCAAGUCAUACAUCAAGCUCGUCGAGCCACGGAAGCAGGUUCAUUACCCAUAUAACGGACGUCGAGUGCACGGCGGUGUUACCCAAACCGACAACCCAGAACAAACCAAGCCGGGAUGGUGGCCUGCAGGCGUUGUCCACAAGGAGCCUGACCAUCUUCUGAAACCCGAUCGUUUACGACUCCUCGUUCACAUCCUCUGUGAGAUGAAGGAUAGCCAUGGUGUCACAACAGAGAAGCUGCGUGAUGCAGGUCAAGAUGUGAGACGCCAGAUCCAACCCAGCCACAAAUUGCACGUUUUAGAUGAGAUCUACUACGUACGCCAUAUGGAAGAGAAGUACCUCAAUGGUGAAAUAGAUGCCAACACCAUGAUCCAAGUGUCGCAGGUUCCCCUCCCGGAAGCAAUGUUCCAGGAUCGAAAUGAUUUUACCUCUCGAGCACACGCGGCACCGUCAACUAGGUCAUCACUCGAGAGCGAGAACGACGUGCGUGAGUCAAGUGAUAAUCCGAGUAUUCCCAAAUUGGAAGAGGACUCCAAGCCACAGCGUCUGCACGGUCUGCCCCUCUCACCCACCACCAGCGAGUCUAGCGGGCCUCAGAGCCCGACCAGCGGAUAUGGCUAUGGGAUGGUCAUGGCACCGGCAGUGCAAGUGAUCCCCCCUCAUGAGUCACCCAGCGUCCCCAAGCCCAUGCAGCCGGACCCGACUUACAUGAACGGAUACUAUACCCAACCGUUUGUCUCUGACAAAGGGCCUGCCUUCUGGCCCCACUCCAAUUCUGUUUCUCAUCGACCAUAUCCCAAUACGCGGGACGGUCCGACGAUUUUCUUCUUCCAACAGCAAUUUUUGGCGGAAAAUAGCGGCUCACGAAGAAGAUCCGAAGUCAUGUCAGCCGAGUCCGUGGCCUCCACGCCAGGCGUGGAUGAGAUCGAUGCGCCCUUCCCUGCGGAUGACUACGCCGAUAACGAUGGCUUCUACUCCCCUCCUGCAUCCCCCGGGCGAUUGUCGCGCAACAACUCCUUCUCCAACAGCAGCUCAUACCAGGAAGAUUGGGAGACUUUCCCGCCACUGGACAAGCUCACCAUCUUCGACUUGCUCGACAACUUCCAGCUCUCGCAGCGUUUGGAGAAGUGGCAGCAAACCAUCGCCAUGCAGAAGGAAAAGGUGCGCAAACAGCGGGAGAAGCUGAAGUCUUCAUCUCUGAACGCCAAGGAUCGCGUGAUGGGCGAGUGGAAGCGCAGAGCACCGACCGCCGACGAGAAACUGGAGAAGUACCGCCAGCGGAUGAACCAGGGUGUGGAACGCCUGGGCAAGCAAUGGAACAAGACAGCCACGGUCACUCUGCGCGAGAAGAUGUCUUUCAUCGCCGGUGUUCUCAACAUAUUUAUUAGCGGCUACUUGAUCGGUGCCUGUCCGGAGAACUUUCACAUCUGGUUCAGUGUCCAGCUGGCUUACUUCAUGCCCAUUCGCUACUUCACCUACCACGCCAAGGGAUACCACUAUUUCCUGGCCGAUCUCUGCUACUUUGUUAACCUGCUCUGCAUGCUGAGUAUAUGGGUGUUCCCCAACUCGAAACGGCUCUUCAUCAGCACCUUCUGCCUGACGUUCGGAAAUAACGCGGCUGCUAUUGCUAUGUGGCGCAACUCGAUGGUCUUCCAUAGUAUGGACAAGGUAGUCAGCCUCUUCAUUCACAUCAUGCCCCCAGUCGCGCUACAUUGCAUCGUGCACUUGACCCCGAUUGAGCAGCUCAAAGAGCGAUUCCCUGCCGUGUAUAGCAUCAAGUUCAGCCAGCCUUCAGAUCCAGAGCAUUAUGGCCUCGGCGCUAUGAUCAUUUGGUCGACUGGCCCGUACGUGGUCUGGCAGCUGCUGUACCACUUCCUGAUCACCGUGCGCCGCCGUGAACAGAUUGCCGCGGGCCGACCCACGAGCUUUACAUGGCUGCGCAAGUCAUACUCCAAGGCUUGGAUCGGGCGCUUUGUGCUCAGCCUCCCCGAAGCAUUGCAAGAGCCAUGUUUCAUGUUCAUCCAGUAUGGAUUCGCUCUAUCCACCAUGAUUCCCUGCCCGAUCUGGUUCUGGUCCAAGUGGGGCAGUGGAAUCUACAUGGCAGCCCUGUUUGUCUGGAGCAUCCAUAACGGUGCAACUUAUUAUAUCGAUGUCUUUGGCAAGCGCUUCCAGAAAGAAUUGGAGCAGCUCAAGGCCGAUGUUGCCCGUUGGCAGCAAUCCCCUGAAGGGACGACUAGCCCGUUACUUGUCGCUGAGCCUAGUCCGCUCAGCGAAGCUAUCAAUGCAGCCAGUGGGGAGAAGCGUAGCAGUGUUGACCGCAUCCCAUUGCUUGAUACUGCCGACGCCACUUCAACUGCCGUUCCCGAGGCCGGUGCGGACAAGGUUUCCACUCUCCGAGAGCGAACUUGA